AGACGCACGUAAAUGUGCAAUUUGUCCGUCAGAUGCGCUUCUUACCGCGCUCACUAUAUAAGCGCGCGUUUAUGGCCGCCAUAAUUCUUGUCUUCACCGCGCAUUCGAAUCGUCUUCCCUUCUGCAUCGCUUUUCGGAAUAUAUUUUGAUUUCUCAUUUCCCCGCUUUAUCAUGAAGCUGCUCGCGUUAAGCACCGUCUUCCUGUACCUCGUCCACGGCAGCGUGGCGGGCAACGUGGACUGCGACCAGUGCCUGGCGCAGUGCUCGGCGCAGAGCAUGAUGAUCUCCGGCUCCAGCUCCAAGAAGACGUCCGCCGCGGGCGGCGGCGCCAGCGUCUCCGGCAGUGCCUCCGCGUCCGGCAACCAGGCGGCCAAAUCCUCGGCGGCCGCGGACAACACGGGCGCCGACGCCGACCAGGGCGGCGAGGAGGCCACAACCGAGGCGGCCAAGGGUGCCGCCAAGGGCGCGGCCGUCUCCGCCUCCAAGUCCGCCGGUACGGCAGCGGCUAAGCCGGCCGCCGCGGAUUCCGGUGACGAGGAAGCCACCACCGAGGCGGCCAAACCCGCUGCCAAGGUCGAAGCCAAGAAGACCGUUUCCGGAAGUUACUCCGCGUCCAGCGGCAAGAAGGCCGAAGCCACCACCGCCGCCAGCGACGAGGGCGGCGAUGAGGAGGCCACCACCGAAGCCGCCAAGCCCGCCGCUAAGGUCGAAGCCAAGAAGGGCGCCAGCGUAUCCGGAAGUGCUUCGGCGUCCAGCGCGAAGAAGGUCGAAGCGACGACGGCCGCCAGUGAUGAGGGUGGAGAUGAGGCCACCACCGAGGCUGCCAAGGCCGCCGGAGGUGCCAAGGUCAGUUCAGCCACGGCGUCCAAAUCGGCGGAGAAGGCCCCGGCUCCGGCCAAAUCCGAGGAAGGCAGCGAGGAGGAGGAGACGAAACCGGCUGCCGGAGGUGACGCUAAAGCCGCUGGCGCCGGCGCCAAGGUGUCCGGAUCCGCCAAGUCCUCCUCGGCGACGCUGUUGACCAGUCUGGGAGGCGAGAAGAAGGCCGCGAAGCCCGCCGCCAAGGACGCCGAGAAGAGCGACGACGAGGACGAGCAGAAGACGGACCUCCUGCAGGCCGAGUCCAGCGAAGGCGCCAAGGCCGCCGUCCCCGCCAAAGCCAAGGGCGCCAGCGCCGCCGGAUCCGCCAAGGCGUCGGGAUCCGCGUCGUCAUCCAGCAAGAAGGAGGAGGCCAAGGAUGACGAAGGCGCCGGUGAGGAUGAGGGCGACAAUGCCGCCACCACCAAGAAACCGGCCGCCGCCAAACCCAAGGCGCCUGCCCCGGCCGCGCCGGCUCCGGCGGCGGGUGGUGAUGAGGGUGGUGAUGAGGAGGAAGGCACGACGGAAGCGCCCAAGGCCGCCGCUAAACCCAAACCCGCCGCUAAGCCCGCCCCGAAGGCGGCUGCUCCCGCGGCCGAUGCUGACGCCGACGCCGGUGCCGCAGCCGGCGGAGAGGACGAGGGCGGCGCCUAUGGUCCGAAGAAGACGACCAAGCCCACCACGACCACCACCACGACGACCACGACGACGACCACCACCACCAAGAAGCGCCGCCCCGACUACGGCGGCACCGAGCUGAUUAACACCGAGGUCACCGAGCCGAUCGCCGUCAUUACCCGGCCACCGCGUCGCGGAAAGACCGCCUUCGACCGCCGAUAAGCGUUUGAUACUCUCACGACCUGCGUUCCUUUUCUCCCUGUUUUUAUGAGUAUAUGAGCCGGCCUUCCGUGCCGGUCGGCCGGCUUUUUCUGGUUUUGUAUAACGCUUGACUGCGCAAGAAACGGCUGCUAAUUAGUAUUUUGACAGCUUGCUGGUCACUGGACGAUGCUGUUGACGUAACGGACGGUAUUGAGUUUUUGCUUGUGAUUGCUCUUGAUGGGCUGCUGUCGGCCAGCAUGGCGUAUUAUGAAAAUUAUUAACAAAAUCGUUGUGAUGUUGCCAAAUAAAUUGUUUAUAUAACGCUUAU